CUUGUACUCCUCCUGCUCCAAACCGAGGUCUGAGCUCACUGGAACUCUCAGCUGCUAUUAGCUCUGUUCCAUGCAUGGCUCUACUUGUCAUGAGAGAGGAAAGUGGGGAGAAUGUUUGUCAUGGGAGGAGGCUGGGCCUGUAAGGAGGUGGCUUGUGGGCUAGGGUGCAGGCAGUAGCUGGAUAGGUAACAGAGGCUCCAACUGGGCUCUGUGAGAAUGAGACGAAGAAUCCCUUGGACAUCCCUGAGCUGUCUUCAGGUCGCAGCACUGCACGUGCAUUCAUUCUCUCAUAGUGUGGUGAUAUGCUGCUCCUCAUGCAUCCCCAUGUUCUGCUUCCUCCCUGCUCUCUCUCCCAGGUGUACCUCCAACCUCAAGACAUGUCCUGCUGUGACCAGUGCCAGCCAUGUCAGCCAUGUGGCCCCACCCCUCUGGCCAGCAGCUGCAAUGAGCCCUGUGUCAGGCAGUGCCAGAACUCCACCAUUGUCAUCCAGCCCUCUCCUGUGGUGGUGACCCUGCCCGGACCCAUCCUCAGCUCCUUCCCACAGAACACUGCCGUGGGAUCCUCCACCUCUGCUGCUGUUGGCAGCAUCCUCAGCUCUGAGGGCGUGCCCAUCACCUCGGGGGGCCUUGACCUCUCCUGCAUUUCCAACCGCUACUGUGGCAGAAGGUGCAACCCCUGCUAAAGAUGCUGAACACUGACCAAGACAAGGAUGCCCAGGAACUCUGAACAUGGCUCUGGACAGAAGAACCAAUGUUGUGGUGCUGUAUUUGCCCUGCAAGACAGGCAUGUACAGGCCAGCCUGGAGUCUCUGACAACAUGGAGAAGGUCUACUGAUACUCUCUUUCACUCACUCUUCCUUUCUCAUAUCAUUAUUGUCUUUUCUCCUUUGAGAUCUCUGUUAAUAACCCCCAGAAUGAGCCCUGAGUGAUCUUGCCUCUCUACAACACUGGUCUGGGAGACAGGGCUCUGUGGCAGCGCUGCCAUAGGAAAUGGGAACAGAUUCUUGUCUGCUCCUGCUGCUUGCUGCACAGAGAGCCUCUGCUUGGAUUGACUUCAUUUCCCUCCUCACACUUAUUAAAUGUUUUCUGCAUCAUUUAUUCUGUCCAUCAUGUGUUUUCAUUCACCUUCAUAUAGAUGACCCAAGGAGAAAUGUCAUGCUUUUGGGUGGAAUUAGCUGAAGAGACUCCAUCACUCCUUCAGGUACUGGAGGCAGUCAACACUGCAGACAUUCCUUUUUUCUGGCACUGACCCUUGUAGCAGAAGACAUUCCUAGACAUUCCUCCACCAACAACGGCCAUCAGUCCCUUCUUCGCUGUGUUUCUCCUUACGCAGGUCUCCUUCACAUCGUCAGGAGAGGAUCUCUGUGCAUGGUGGAGGCCCAAGGAAGUCACAAGUCCCACAAGCUCUCUGGGAAGGGGGUUCCUCUUGGUUUGGGUGGAGCUGUGGUGGGGAAGAAGGCUCAGAGAAAGAUGUUCCCAAAGGCCAUCAGGAUCAGGGAAGGCAUAUUUGUCUCAUAUUUGAUGGCAUCCUGUCCCUACUCCAUUUCCCCUGCAUUCAACCUCCAGAUUCAGAGGGCAGUGACCAGCAGUACCUGUGUAUGGACUACAGGUAGAGUGUCCCCCUGCAGCUGUAGCAUCUUCUACAGAGCUUCUGCCUGGCCCAGAUUUUGCCAAGCUGCCUAUGGCUGAGUGGAUCCACAAGUCAGUACUGCUACCAGCUACAAGCCUACCCUUCUCCAGCAAAGACCCUCUGUGAGAGCAGAUAUCACCACCUGCAUU